AUGUCUUCCAAGGAGAAAAAGGGAGGCCUCUUUCGGAAAAUCAAAGGCAAGAAGGAAGAAGGAGGUGCCAAAAAGGCGGAUGGUGUAAAGAAAACCAAAAAGGCCGAAGAUAGCAGCAGCGACCUCAGUGUAUCAGAUGAUAGCAAGAGUAAGCGGGGUCGAGAAGGAAAGGGAGAGGAUCAGCCGCCUGUGUCCCCUGCCAAGGGAGGAAAGAAAAAGGGCGAUGACGGUGGUCGAGGAAGAGAAGGAAAGGAGGGAAAGGAAGGAAAGAGCAUGUUUCAACGGGUCCGAGAGCGAUCCAGAUCUAGGUCCAGAAGUAGAAAAGAAAAGGAUGGACUCUCGGAUUCCACGAGGAAAGAUAUGCUUGUGGCUGUCACGUCGUGCCGAAGUGAUGGGUACUACAAUCAAAAAGCUCCUGGAACCAUCUCCAAGUUGCCCAGAAAAGCUCCCACAAAUCUGAAACUCUUUCAUGAACUGGCAGUGGGUGUCAAGGAUGCCUACGCAGCCGUGGGAGAGACACCCCAAAAACCAGAGGAAAACAAUGGAGAGAUGAGUAGGGAGGAACACGAUGCAAGGAUGGCGCUCUGGGAGUUCAUUGGGAACCUAGAUUUCUUGCUAGCACUUGUGGAUGAAGUGGCGGUGGAUACGGUGACUCGAGGGGCUCUGAAAGAUGAUGCAACCUUCAAGGGCCUGCGUGAUGUCAUCAAGAAGUGUAACCGAGUGUUGGAGGAUAUGCUCGUUCGCAGAGAACGUAAAUACACACUCUUCUUUCGGUUGGUGCAGCCACAUGAUUCAUCGGAUAUUGGUAGGAUGAAGGCAUGGAAUGACAAGGUGGAAAAGGCAGUUGGCUCUGUUACGGGAGGCCGAGCUGCGUUUGAAACGGGAACAGAUGAUUCCGAGAGCGACACAGACAGCACGGCAUCAGGUUCGUCCGAUGCAUCUGGAAGAAGUGGAGGUCUCAUCAGUCGUGGACGUCAGCUGCUGCCCACUGCUGGAAAGGUUAGAUCUCGUCGUGCGACACCAACACCCAAGAUGCGAAGGAGGCGAGGCCAAGGUGAUGAUUCGGAGGGUGAUGCAUCUGGAUCCGCCGAGGAUGGAUAUUCAGCCGUGACUGCGCCGCUGGCACCGAAACAAGCACAAGGAUCAGUGGCGUUGCCCAACGGUUUGGCUCUCAAGGGAAACUCAUCCCAGCGUCUUGCGGACGUCAAUCCAAUGGCACCCAAGGAUGAACUUGUGGAUGUUAUCCGAGGUUUACGGGUUGAGAAAUCGCAGGGCCAUGACGGUUCCAUACAAAGCAAUCUACAGGACUUGAAACCCAACUGGCUGCCAAAGGCGGACAUUCCGUCCUCGGUUCCAAAACUGCCAACAGAGUAUGUACAUCGACAUCGCUUAAUGAAGCAAGUUGUCAGUUGUCUACUGGAUCAGAGUGGCGCUGGCCCGCGUGACACGGAUGAGGAAGUCAUGAAUAACACGAUCAUCACGUCUGUGACAUCACGUCAUAGCGACAAAGCCGGAAACGGAAAGACGACUCUGGCCGUUGCUGCUAUCCAAACUGUCGAAGUCCGUGAACGUUUUGCUGAUGGUAUUGCGUGGCUCAAGCUCGGUGCUGGCCCUCUCAGCGACAAGGACAUCCGACGGCUGUAUGGAGAACUCUACAAGCAGCUCAUUGUGAAAAGCGAUACGGACGAUGACGAUUUCUCAGAUGACAACAGCGACAGUAACUCCUCGCGAGAGGACGGCUUGGGUGGCGGCGGCGGCGGUGGUAAUGGGGAGCGAUUGUCUUGGGACGAGGCACGGAGAGAUCACCUUGUCGAACGUGCCGAUACAAUGAGACGCUUCCAAGGAGGUGACCUCGAAGGUAUCAAGGAAGAUCUUGGGAGAAUGCUGCCACAGCGAGGUUCCAGGGACAAAGACGAAGAUCGCAAUCCAUACCGCAUAUUGAUGACAACGAGAACUCCUUCGUUAAUGGGGGCUGGAAUUGUUCAGGAAGUUUUUGUACGUAUCCUUUCUGAACACGAAGCUGUCAAACUUCUUCUGUCAACAGCUGGGCGACGUCCUUAUGGCGGUAGAAACUCAAAGGUUUUCAACCAGGCAAGGAUGAUUGUGAAAGGCUGCGGUAAUUCCCCUUUGGCUAUCCGUCUCGUGGGAAGUAUGCUCCGGUUGGGAAAUCGGAACUGGAAUCUCAAGUCUCCUAUUUGGAUGUCUCUUAUCAAUCAAUGCACACUGAACUUGGAGGAAGCGUCGAUUCUUCGAAGCUUUGUGAAUGCCUUCACUAGGAUCGUCGAUCUUAGUUUCUUUACUGUGAAUGACAUCAAGCUUCGUAUCGCGCUGAGAAGAUGCUUCGUCUGGUUUGCGAUGGCUUUUCGCGACAACGACUGGAUGCUGGCUGGCAAAGGCAUCCCUCAGUCGGUUGUGUUGAGUGUGUUCGAGACUGUGGUCAACCUUGACGAGAGCGAGACAGAGGAUAACUGGAUCGAACCAGAAACGAUUCUUUCAAUGCUUGAGAAAAUGAAUUUGCUGCAGCGUGCGGGCCACGGCGUUACCGCCAAGACUACGAAGAAAGACGACGAAAAAUCAGUUGGAUCGAAAGAUCUCGACGCCUCCGCAAAAUCAGAUGGCUCGGACUGGUCCGACAUGGAUGAAGGUUCCAAGGCAAGAAUCCAGCAUAACUUUGUCAUCUUGGACUCUCUGAAAGCUGUAGCAGAAAAGAUGGCUUGUCGCCAGUCCUUUUCUUUUUACCCAAAGGAUGACCAAUUUACUUUCUUCUCGGAUAAAAUCGAAGAGGAAAUCAAAUCAACAAAGAACAAAGAGACACCCGAUUGGGGCGCCAAGUUGAACUUCCUCUCCAAAGCACCCAACGUUGAAAUUAUUGAAGAAAAGGAUGGCGAGGACCCAGUAGCGGAGGAGGUUGCGCAUGAGCUCGUCAUCGUCUCGCUGUUAGCAGCUGGUGACCGUGAUGCCCUCGACCAAGACAACGUUGUUGAAGCGAUGAAGACAAGCCAAGUGGCUGUGCAGGAGCUUGUUGGCGGGGUGAAACUGGAAGAGUACACGAUGUCGUUCCUGCCUGAUCAUCUUAUGCGUUCAAGAGCCUUUUCAAACGCUGCGGAAUUAUUGGCAUGCCAUCCCUUUGUUCGUCGAAGAGUAUUUGCGUUGGGAAUCAUGGAGGCGACAAGCAAAGAGGUUGCUGAUAUCUUGGAGCUUCGCCGUGUCGUCGGCAAAUACGUGGCUGCCACGGACAGCCGAAGAGGGCAUGCUCUAGGAAAGCAAGCGGCCGGGAAAAAAGUGAAUGAAGUGGACGCCGAAUCAGCAAUCAACUUUGACAUCGAUGCUGUGGCGUGUGAUGGUUCUCGGUUAUUGAUCGAUGAAAUCUAUCGUGUGACGAACAGCAUGGGUUCAUCCGAUUCCUUGGGAAUGGCAACAUGCCUUGCUGCGGUCGGUGAAGGUUUGCUGAAAUGCCGUCAGCCACGCGACGCUAUGCUUCGUUUGGAGGAGGCGGUGAGUUUGUAUCGCGGCAUAUUGGGACCAUUCCACGUCUAUGUGGCCCAUGCUUUGCAUCAGGUAGCAAAGGCUCUCGUCAAGCUUGGCGAAACUCGUGUCGCCCUGUUGAAAUUCGCUGAGGCUGCCAGAAUCUAUGAAGCGUGCAAUGCAACGCUGCAUUACGACUCCAUUCAAAAUGCACAGAGUUUGGCGUCGCUCCUGGUAGACAUCGGCGAUAUGGACAAGGCCGAGUCCAUGUUCGAAGAAGUCAUUGCAAUGAAGAUGUCAGUCUACGGCGAGCACAGUGUCCCUGUGGCGAAAACAAUCAACAGCUAUGCGAUUCUUCUUGCAAAGCACGGUCGAAUGAAUCAAGCAAUGGGCAACUAUGAGGCUGCAAGAGCAACGUACGAACGUGCACCACCUCCGCUGAUUUACGACGCAGAAUUCGAGAUCAAAUGCAGCUACGAUGUGACGCUGAUUACUCUUAACAUCGCAUCAAUCUGGUCUAAGAAAGGCGACCUCCAGCGUGCAUUAGGAUGUUACGAAGAAGGUGUCGUCGGCCUUCGGAAGUACGAUGAAGCCAUGCUGGAUCUUCACGAAGGGAAAGACUCUCCCGACUCUGGGAAGAGCUCUUCGCACAAGCACAUGGUUGCUGCAUUGGGUAGAAUUGGAUCGAUCAAGUUGAAGUUGGGAGACGAGGAUGGCGCCUUGGAUGCUUACUUGCAUCUUUUGGAAGAAGUUUCGGAGGAUAGCCCUCUGCCUUCUCAUACAGAGAAAGCCAAGGCCCAUAUCAAAUGCGCCACUAUUUUCCGGCAAAAGGAUGAUUCAGACUCCAGAGCCAAGUCCGUGGAGCACUUGCGAGAGGCAUUCCGUAUGUACAAAGCCAUUUUUGGUCCCGGCCACAAAGACACCGUUGCAAUCAAGACGUCGUUGGAUCAAUGGUUGGCCGAGGAGAAGAAGCGGUAG